AUGUCUGCAGGAAGAAGGUUCCAUAUUUUGCCAAUAGAGUUGGCAAAUAGAGCAUCCUCUGCGGAGUUGUUAGCUUUGAGGAUACCAGAAACCUUUGAAGAUGUUGCUGUCAGUUUUUCAACAGAGGAGUGGAAAAUGCUGAGCAGCUGGGAGAAAGAACUGUACAAAGAAGUGAUGUCACAGAACUAUGAGCACAUGGUAUCACUAGGAUACAACAUCCCAAAGGAUCGACUAUUGCUGCUGAUUGAAAAACAUGACAAACUUACACCUGGGGUGUGGAAAGGAGCAGAGACCCUACCUCAGAUUACUGUCUGUGAUGAUUCCACCAACAUCUCCAGGGGCUUACACUGCUGCAAGAAUCCAUGUCAGUUGUCACUAAUUACGCCAUAUAAGUGUGCAACAUGUGAUAAAAGGUUUAAACAGAAAGUUGACCUCCUGUGCCAUGAAAAAGCUCAUACAAGAGAGAAGCCAUAUAAAUGUGCAGUAUGUGACAAGAGUUUUAUACAGAAGUUUCAGCUCACAUGCCAUGAGAAAACUCAUACUGGCGAUCGGCCUUAUAUGUGUGGUACAUGUGAAAAGAGUUUUUUAUUGAAAGUGCAGCUCACACACCAUGAGAAAAUUCAUACUGGUGAUCGGCCUUAUAAGUGCGGUGCAUGUGAUAAGAGUUUUGUAUUGAAAGUGCAGCUCACACGCCAUGAGAGAACUCAUACUGGUGAUCGGCCUUAUAAGUGCGGUACAUGUGAUAAGAGAUUUGUAUUGAAAGUGCAGCUCACAUGCCAUGAGAAAACUCACACUGGUGAUCGGCCUUAUAAGUGCGGUACAUGUGAUAAGAGUUUUGUAUUGAAAGUGCAGCUCACACGCCAUGAGAAAACUCAUACUGGUGAUCGGCCUUAUAAGUGUGGUACAUGUGAUAAGAGUUUUUUAUUGAAAGUGCAGCUCACACGCCAUGAGAAAACUCACACUGGUGAUCGGCCUUAUAAGUGUGGUGCAUGUGAUAAGAGUUUUAUAUUGAAUUAUCAGCUCACACGCCAUGAGAAAACUCACACUGGUGAUCGGCCUUAUAAGUGUGGUACAUGUGUUAAGUGUUUUGUAUUGAAAGGACAGCUCACAUGCCAUGAGAAAACUCACACUGGUGAUCGGCCUUAUAAGUGCAGUACAUGUGAUAAGAGUUUUGUAUUGAAAGUGCAGCUCACACGCCAUGAGAAAACUCAUACUGGUGAUCGGCCUAAUAAGUGUGGUACAUGUGAUAAGAGUUUUUUAUUGAAAGUGCAGCUCACACGCCAUGAGAAAACUCAUACUGGUGAUCGGCCUUAUAAGUGCGGUACAUGUGAUAAGAGUUUUAUAUUGAAUUAUCAGCUCACACGCCAUGAGAAAACUCACACUGGUGAUCGGCCUUAUAAGUGUGGUACAUGUGGUAAGUGUUUUGUAUUGAAAGGACAGCUCACAUGCCAUGAGAAAACUCACACUGGUGAUCGGCCUUAUAAGUGCGGUACAUGUGAUAAGAGUUUUUUAUUCAAAGUGCAGCUCACACGCCAUGAGAAAACUCACACUGGUGAUCGGCCUUUUAAGUGCGGUAUGUGUGAUAAGACUUUUGUAUUGAAAGAUCAGCUCACAUACCAUAAGAAAACUCACACUGGUGAUCGGCCUUAUAAGUGCGGUACAUGUGAUAAGAGUUUUGUAUUGAAAGUGCAGCUCACACACCAUGAGAAAACUCAUACUGGUGAUCGGCCUUAUAAGUGCGGUACAUGUGAUAAGAGUUUUGUAUUGAAAGGUCAGCUCACACUCCAUGAGAAAACUCAUACUGGUGAUCGACCUUAUAGGUGCGGUACAUGUGAUAAGAGUUUUGUAUUGAAUUGUCAGCUCACACGCCAUAAGAAAACUCACACUGGUGAUCGGCCUUAUAAGUGCGGUACAUGUGAUAAGAGUUUUUUAUUGAAAGUGCAGCUUACACGCCAUGAAAAAACUCAUACUGGUGAUCGGCCUUAUAAGUGCAGUACAUGUGAUAAGAGUUUUAUAUUGAAUUUUCAGCUCAUAGACCAUGAGAAAACUCACACUGGGGAUCGGCCUUAUAAGUGUGGUACAUGUGAUAAGAGUUUUGUAUUGAAAUGGUAUCUUACACAGCAUGAGAAAAUACACAGUGGGGAGAAGCCAUAUAAAUGUACAUGGUGUAAUAGCAGUUUUAAUCGAAAGUGGUCUUUAACAAGCCAUGAGAGAACACACACUGGUAAUAGUCCAUAUAAAUGUGCUACAUGUAGCAGGAGUUUUACACACAAAAGUGAUCUUCUAUACCAUGAAAAAACUCACUCUGGUGAUCGGCUUUAUAAAUGUACAAUGUGUGACAAGAGUUUUACACGGAAGAACAGUUUUGUGUACCAUAAAAAAACUCAUAUGGGAGAAAAGAAGUAACAGAAAGAAUAAGAAGUUUAAAGGUACAGGAUAUGAAAUGGUAUGAAGUAACAGCCAGAGAAACU